CAGACAGGAGAGGCCCCUGCCUGGCCUGGCAAGCUCUGCUGUUCUUAUGGGAGCCAUGAAGCUGAACAAGAGAAGUGUGGCCCACUAUGCACUGAGCAACUCUCCAGCAGACCACAUGGGCUUCCUGCGCACUUGGGGGGGCCCAGGGACUCCAUCCACCCCCAGUGGCACUGGCCGAAGGUGCUGGUUUGUCCUCAAGGGCAAUCUGCUGUUCUCCUUCGAGAGUCGAGAGGGCCGGGCCCCUCUGGGACUGGUGGUGUUGGAGGGCUGCACCGUGGAACUGGCGGAGGCUCCCGUGCCUGAGGAAUUUGCCUUCACCAUCCGCUUCGACGCCCCUGGUGUUCGUCCACACCUGCUUGCAGCUGAUGGACCUGCAGCCCAGGAGGCCUGGGUGAAGGCGCUGUCCCGCGCAAGCUUUGGCUACAUGCGCCUUGUGGUGCGUGAGCUGGAGAACCAGUUGCGUGAUGCCCGCCUGAGCCUGGCCUUGCAUCGCCACUCAUCCUGGAAGGCCAUUACCAGCCACUGUAAUCCCCAGGCUCUUGACCACGUGUCUCGGGGUCUGGAGAAAGGCCACUCCCUCUCUAGGGAUAGCAGCCCUAUGGGCUUGGUAGAAGUAGCAGGCAGCGCGACAGCAGGGCGGGGUUUGGCUGAAUGUGAGUUACAGGGCCCUGCCAGCCUCCUUCUAAGUAGGGGCCAGAGCCCCGUAUCCCCUGAGACCUCUUGCUUCUCUACCCUGCACAAUUGGUAUGGCCAGGAGAUCCUGGAGCUGAGGCGAGGCUGGCUGCAGAGGGCCCGGGGGAACCAGCCAAAAUGUGAGGAACAGGAUAAUCCCUGAACCUGGACCCUUUGGGUUCUGCCCUUGUCCUGCUGGUCAGGACACGAGGUCCAGUUCUUUUUCAGGAGUCUGAUGUUUACUCAUUUCCAAAGUUGACUUUUAAAAUUGUUUUACAUUUUAUUUUAGGGAGAGAGGAAGAGGGGAGAGACAGAGAGAGAGAAACAUUGAUUUGUUGUUCCACUUAUUAAUGCAUUCCUUGAUUGCUUCUUGCUUGUGUCCUAACCAGGGAUCGAACCUGCAACCUUGGCAUAUCGGG